AUGGCAGCCACGCCUCCCUCAUCCGUAGACGUAGAAAUGGUCGACGCUCUCUCGCCGGCGUCCACCCUCUCCCCACCACCAGACUCAGGGUCCGAGUACGAGGACGUCAGAACGAAAAAAGACUCUCCCAACCCGCAAAUCACCUCCCUUGAAAAAAUCAACCUCGAAUCGCCCCUCAUCGGCACCGACCUGGCAAACAUGGCGAGAAGAUCGGCGCGCAACACGAACAAGCCGAGACCCGUCGUGGUCUCCCCCGCGAGACCGGCGAAGAGGAACAUCGUCACCAAAGUGUCCGCGGCGAAGAAGGCGCCUAAGUGGACCGCGGAGAAGCUCCUUACGGAUACUAGGUCACCCCUCGCCAGCGCGGAUCUCAGGACCAUCCUCUGCCAGCCAGCAGCAUGGGACAUCCUCACCUCUGCCGAGCGCGCCGAGAUCAUCGCCCUGUUCCCCGCCGGCACGCGCAUCCUAGACGAGGGUACCGAGAACGCGCGCCCCGACCUGGACGCCCUGCGCAACGACAACAACUUCCGGCACGACUGCGCGACGUACACGGACAACAUCGCGCAGGGGAAGCACGACCCCGAGUGGCUGGAGCAGGCCUGGGCUGCGCGCGAGCGCCGUAGGAUGGGCGAUUUCGACGACUACCUCGUGCAGAAGUUCGAGGACGAGUGGAGCUGCGAGUUGCCUGAGGAUUUCAAGCCGAGGAGGGAUGCGCCUGCGCCGGCGGAGGGUGUGGAAGAGGGUGUGGAAGCUGCGGGUGCCGUGGGGGAAAUGGAGGUUCAACCCUUACCUGCGGAGGCUGGUGAAGAGACCGAGACCGCUAAGCAGGAGUCGAUUCAAGAGGAUUCCAAGAACGACCUGAUCAAGGAGACGACGGAGACCGCUAAGGACGAUGCUGAGGGCGAUCUGAACCCUAAACCGGACGCGGGCGAAGAAGCCUCUGGAAACGAGCCUGUUGUCAAGCUUGGAUCACCCGUCCCCGACGAUGAUGAGGCCGUUGGCACCAAGCCUACGACGACGGAAAGGACUGCAGCAGUGGCUAAUGGUAAACCUACGGGGCCAUCGAUCUAG